AGUGUAGUGGUGGUGAGUGUAUUGGUGGUGAGUGUAUUUAUGGGUGUACUAGUGGUGAGUGUAGUAGUGAGUGUACUGGUGGUCAGUGUACUGGUGGUGAGUUUACUAGUGGUUAACAACACCUCGUCUCAUUGCGUCAUACCAAUCUUCCUCUUUCGCACGGCUGCCAUCGAUGCUCAGCAAACCCGGGCCCGCUUGACACGACGAACAGCGGGGAGGGCGCGACCAUGCGCGCCUCUUCACUCACAGGUGUGCCGGAAGAAGCUUGCGCCAGAAUCAGCGACGCAGACUCCAUUCAAAGCGACGUCUCAGUGGCUAAUGAGGCUCCGGCUGAGCUGAUCAGCCAAACUCUCUGCUGCCUUGCGCUCCUGGGCAACUUCAAGAGGAGACCCUCCCUCGCUCCCUCCUCGCUCCGUCACCUCCUCCUCUCCUCCUCGUCCUCCAUGGGCUCCGGGUAACGCGGGGAUGAGCAAAGUACGGAGCCGGGAGCGCCAUGCAAGGAGUCCAGCUGGAGCCGGUGUUUGGGUCCCUGGUGGCUGCUGGUCAGGACGAGGAGGAGGACGAGGAGGUGGCUGCAAAGUGGUGGGACGAGCAGGCGGGAGCCCUGGGCCCUGACGACGUGCGGCUGGAGCUGGGGGGCGAUGAGAAGGGAGCGGGGAGCGUGGAGCCCUCGCCCUCUCUUCCUCCUCCUCAUCCUCACGGCGCCAAGGAAGGGCAGAGCAGCCUGGAGCAAGCGUGCAACGAGUCCAAUGCCACCCAGGGUGCGGCGACUCAAGCGGGCAGGAGGGCGCGUUCCGUGGCCCAGUGGUCGGUGCAGGACGUGUGCCAGUGGCUCGCCAAGUUGUACCCACGCACGCACAAGAUCUACGCCGAGCGCUUCAAGAUGCACGACGUGACGGGUGUGGUGCUGCUGCAGCUGACGGAGCGCAAGCUGGAGAGGAUAGGCCUCGUGGAGGAGCAGCGGCAGCAGCUGCUGCACCACGUGCUGCGCCUGCGCCUCAAGGACGACAUGCGCUACCUGCAGCAGUCCCUGCGGCGCCCGCUCCCGCAACCUGUGACUCCCACUCCGAACUCCAGCAGCUGACCCUGCGCCCCUCCCUCCCCGACUCUGGAGGCAAAAAAUCUUACAGGGACCCUCCACCCCACCCCACCCCCUACCUCUCACUCACUGUGGGGAAGGGGACUUGCCUUACAGGGACCCUACACCCCACCCCACCCCCUACCUCUCACUCACUGUGGGGAAGGGGACUUGCCUUACAGGGACCCUACACCCCACCCCACCCCCUACCUCUCACUCACUGUGGGGAAGGGGACUUGCCAAUUGGGCUCUCAAGGGCGUGUGACGUGCAGGACGGAACUGCCGAGACUCAUGCCUGCGUUUUGGAGACGAGGGUUGGUGGAUUGCAUGCAGAUUUACAAAACUCUCACUCGCCGGCUAGGUGGAAAGCGCAGUGGGUUCCUAAACCCAUCUGUGCAGACCUAUGAGCGAGCAUUAUCACCUCUUGUGCAUGAUAGGCCUUCUCUGGUUACCCGGGUUUCUUUCCACACAGAGCAAAACCGUCCUUUAUGUGGAAUUGGCCAAGCAUCAUCCCAAUGACAGAACCCUCCUGGACAAGGAGUCUUGAAACGCAGUGAGGUUUUCUUUGUUAAGACAAUAUUAUGAAUAUUCAUAGGUGGCUCUGUCGGCAAAAGUUUUGCUGGCUGGUGGCCAUUGAAUUGCCUAAAAUUUUGGGCUCGGAGGACCCAGUUUCGUAGCGUGGUUGAGAUUGGCCCUCGUGCAAGGAAUGUACCCCCUCUUCAUAGUUCAGUGCCUGGGCUCGUCUGGCCUAUGGGCCGUGGUGCAAUUGCACUGCCUGCACACUCGCUAUCUACGCUCCUGCCUUGGCCUUGAUUCUCCAGCUAACAGCAUCGAGGGUGAUUUGGGUAGGGGAGGGAGGAGGGGACUUAAUUUCUCACCGAAUAUAUUUGGGGGUCACUGGUAGACUGGAGUAUGUAUGUAUGUUGAACUUCUUUCACACUCUACGUAGCCAACCGUGCUAAUCGGAGGUUGGAAGUGGGUCACGUGUGACUGUUAGCCACAACCAUCACGGGGAGGCAUGAUGGACGUGGUGUGCGGGGCGUGGAAAUAUUUUUCUAAAUUGCUAACCCAGAUAGACCCUGGACACAAGGGAGCGAGUGGACGAGAGGCACAGCCGCCCACGAUGCUCUGCAAAUGACAAGCUCUGACGGGAUAAGUAGGGUCCGGCAUGGCGAGCUGAAAGCUAAGGACAAAAAUGUAUUGGAACAAAAUGUGGAAGAUGAACAAAAACGUUGGUGGCCGGCGUGGUGCUCCGCGUUUUUGUUUGUUAACGCGCAAAAGUAAAUGCUCACGUGUUUUUUCUCCCGUUUUAUCUCGAGAUGCAAAAAGUGAGAGGCGGUGGUAAAAGGUGGUGUGUGGUACGUGUCUUGUAGGUCCUCCAAUGUGUUUUCAGGCUGUGCGAAGUGUCGUUUCACGUGAUGUCCUCCGUUUCACUGCACGUGCUGGAAGCUUUUUCAGGAACUGAAUUCAGCUCCUCAAGAGUCUUAACCUGUACCCUCAGCACUUCCCAUUUCUUCAUGUUCUGAAGAAGCUUCCAGCACGUAGUGAAACGUCGGACGUCAUGCCGGACAUGCGGUGCAAUCUGAAAUGCACCCGGUGGACCAAUAUAGUACCAACGUGAUAACUGUGCAGCAGGAAUCUGUAAGGUUUUCAGCUCAUCAUUUGCAUAUAUCCAAAGCUGUCAGUAUGAAUUUGAAAUGAACGAACAAAUUUUGCCUAUGCGCAGCUGCUGUUUGUGAGACGACACUGUGGGUUUUCGGAGGGAAAUGCAGAGAAUCCCAUUGUUGUACAAUACUAUGCCCCAACGUCUUCACCAACUGGCACGGACCAGCUUCGUGAAUUAUAAUCACUUAAAAUAAAGCCUACGUGCCGCACGGCGUGGGAAGGCCUUCUUCCAAUGGUGGAUGGACAAGAGGUCUGUAUAUGUGUAUGCAGCUGCUGUUGGGCUGUUUCUACCAGCAGAUGGGGGCUUGUAACCCCCCCCCAUGGUGCUUGACUUUGUUGUUGAUACAAGUGAAAAGUGAGAGUAGGUGACUAGAUGCUCAGUCUGGUUCAUUCAUUCUUGCGGUGUAUGUACGGCAUCGACAAGCGUGAUCGACGUUGCCGGCUGCAGUAAAACAAUGCAAUGCAUUUUAUUUGGCAGCGUUUUGUACUUUGUAGGCGGCGUGUACCCACUGCAAUGAUGAUUGUUGAUCCGUUGUAUCGCUGUCCAUGUUUAAGGAUAACUUUGUAUUCGUGAACUUGUAAAGGAACUUAUGUAGACGAGGGAAAUGUUCACCGAAUCGUUGUUGGAAGCGGUUGCUGUAAAUACAUUUAGAUGCACGAUGAUUCGUAACCGAUUUAUUUUUGUGGGUUUGAUCGCGUCGGUACAAUACCAAUGUGUGUCGUACACCCCCCUCCACCCAACAAAGUGGCAUGAAUAAAGUUGUCAAGUGAACACAUUUUUAUUGCUUUGGCACACUGCUGUGUCGAAGAGGAAUCCACGUGUAACGAUUACAUUUAAAAACAGUCGAUUGCUUGUUAAUGUGCAAGUGUGCCAAUGCAAUACGAAUUCCCAAGUUUGUUUAAAUAACAACUUACGAUAUAUUCGUCUUUGUUGUGUGGAGGGUGUACAACACACAUUGGCAUCACACUCACGCAAUCUGACCCGUGUUACAUUUAGCAGAACAAAUCUGGAUAGAAAUGACAGCUGCCGUGGCGAGAUGUUAACUGCUUUGCCUGGUAUGCUGGAGGUCGUGGGUUCGAUCAGGUUUGCAUGUUCUCCCCGUGGUUGCGUGGAUUUUUCUCCGGGUCCUCUGGUUUUUCCUUCCACAUUUAGAAUCAACAUGUGUUUAAGAGUAUUUGGCUGCUAUACAUUUCUACCUAAUAAGCCACUUCGUUGAGCUAUCAUUUGUGGCCAGGUCACUUCUGAAAAAGAGUAUUACCUUGUAAAAUAGAAAAAAUAGCUGCUUGCCCGCUCGUGGUCAAAUCUGAUGACAACUUCUAUUCAGAUCACUGAAACAUGUCACGUGACUACCCAGGGUUGUAUGUAGACCAAUAGUUGUUCAUCAGACACACGAUGUUUUCAAUGGCUAGACAGAAAUCUAUGCCAGGGGUGAACAAACCGUGGCUCAUGAACAAAGUGGGCCUCCCACGGACUUCAAAGAGACAUAGCAAAUUGUAUUUCCAUUUAAUCAUACAGUACAUUUAUUUGAAACAGGAAUGAUCUGCACUCACCUCUGCCAAUGGAGCCAGACAUUAGUACUCCCAGGGGGGGCUCCCACAGAUUUCUCAAUUCAAAACUCCGCAGCCAACCAUCGUGAGUGAACCGGCCCACGUAACCACCCCACGUGACUUUAUCACCCUCGGCCAUAUGAAGAUUUUGGUUUGUGGCUCAUACUCAUAGAUAGGUUCAGGAAGUUUGGCAACCAUCCCCCACCCAGCUCUAUGCAAAUACCGUACCAAGACGGCAUGGGUGGGAAUGUAUCGUUGGUGACAAUUUCUAGCGAGUAAAUACCUGAGCGUGUCAUGGCCUUUAUAAAAGCCUAUUUCUGUACAGGGGAGGGGCGCAAAGAUCAGCGUGCGUGCAGUGUGGAUGGGGUAGUUGGCUAGUUGCUGUCGUGAGGGCAGCCAGUGAUUCUAGGUCUUGCAGGGAACACCAAUUUCACUCCGAUCUCACAGCGGGCCGCAAUUGGGCCGCCAGCGAUUGAUGCCAUGUGAUCGACCGACCUCUGAUCAUGAAUAGACGCGGUUUGGAAAUGA